AUGUGGACAUAUUGUUUAGAGUUGAGCUACAAAUCUUGUGCUCUUUUAGGUGGUUUCCUUCUUGGGAGAACUGUUGCUCUCCUCACAACCAUGACACUGGCAACAUCAAUGGCUGCACGUCAAGGUCCACUAGCAAUGGCUGCUCAUCAAAUAUGCUUACAAGUCUGGUUGGCUGUCUCUCUUCUCACAGAUGCACUGGCGGUAUCUGCUCAGUCCUUGAUUGCCACUUCUAUAUCGCAAGGUGAUUACAGAACUGUGAAGGAAGUCACUAAUUUUGUGCUAAAGAUAGGAUUAGUCACAGGGGUUGCAUUGGCUUUGGUUUUGGGCAUAUCUUUUGGUACGUUAGCCACCUUGUUUACCAGUGAUGCAGAUGUAUUAGGAAUCGUUAGAACUGGGGUGUUGUUUGUUGGGGCCAGUCAACCUUUGAAUUCUUUAGCUUUUAUUUUCGAUGGCCUCCAUUAUGGUGCUUCAGAUUUCGCAUUUGCUGCUCGUUCUAUGAUGCUUGUGGGGACAAUAUCUUCCAUGUUUCUGCUGUAUGCCUCAUCAGUUUUUGGUCUUCCCGGUGUUUGGUGUGGCUUGACUCUCUUUAUGGGGUUGCGAACGGUGGCAGGAUACAUCAGGUAA